AAUCCCAAUCAACCCUGAAUUCACAUAACCCACAGUCGCAGAAGCACCCAGCAGCAGCAGCUAGAAGAGAGAAAUGGCGAGAUACGACAGAGCCAUCACGGUGUUUUCCCCCGAUGGACAUCUUUUCCAGGUCGAAUACGCCCUCGAAGCUGUUCGCAAGGGAAACGCCGCCGUCGGCGUUAGGGGAACCGACAUCGUCGUCCUUGGCGUGGAGAAGAAGCCCACGGCCAAGCUACAAGAUUCCAGAUCAGUAAGGAAGAUUGUAAACCUGGAUAACCACAUUGCAUUAGCCUGUGCUGGGUUUAAAGCAGAUGCCCGUGUCCUUAUUAACAGGGUUCGGAUUGAGUGUCAAAGCCAUAGGCUUGCUGUUGAGGAUCCUGUAACUGUUGAGUACAUUACUCGUUACAUAGCUGGUCUCCAGCAGAAGUAUACACAAAGUGGUGAUGUGAGGCCAUUUGGACUUUCAACUUUGAUUGUGGGCUUUGACCCUUAUACGAAUAUACCAUCACUGUAUCAAACAGACCCAUCUGGCACAUUCUCUGCCUGGAAGGCAAAUGCAACUGGAAGAAACUCAAACUCAAUGAGAGAGUUUUUGGAAAAGAACUAUAAAGAAACAUCUGGACAAGAAACUGUCAAACUUACAAUUCGUGCUUUGCUUGAGGUUGUUGAGAGUGGAGGAAAGAAUAUUGAAGUUGCUGUGAUGACAAAGGAGGGGUUGCGUCAACUUGAAGAAGCUGAAUGCAGUAAAUCUCGAAAGAAGUUUGAUAAUACAUGUUCAAAGGAUCAGGAUACAACUAUUAGCCAAAGGAACCAAUUGCUUGAUGAUUUCGAUGAUUUGCUGAAGAAUGGUGUAAAAAAUACUUUACUUGAGGAGCUGAAUAAUGAGUUUCCUUUUCCAGAGGAAGUUGAUGCUGAUGGACAAGAAAUCGGUUUACCUGAUGCAAACCAGCAAUGCUUUGACUAUACACAGUUGACCAACAACCUAAAUGAGUAUUCGGAAUUGACAAAUACAGUUACUGAUAUUGAUCAGUUUCAGAUGGCUCAGGAAGAACCUUUAGAAGAUUAUCUGGAAAUGAAUGAUCUUUUUGAUGCAUCAGAUCCUGCAGGAGGAGAGAUUGAUGGUUUGAGUAUUCUUGAUCUAUACCAUGAUGCAGCUAUGUUUAUUCAAGACAUGGGACCUGAACAAUUGCAGACCGAGGUGGAGGGUCGCCGGAGAGGGAAGAGCUUUUAUUAUUUCCUAAUUCCCCAACUUCUUUCGAAGUUGCAAAGAGGCCCCUGGCCUUUUUGA